AUAAAAGAUAAGAUAUGUAAGUAAUGGAAAACCCGUGGUGGAAACACUCUGAUAUGCAAAAUUCCAUUCCCAAAGAUCAAAAUCCAAGGGCUGAGAUUCCACACCAUACAUAACUCUCAAGUUGCAUAUAUUAUCUUAGCCUUUUUCUUUCAUACAUUAGAAAACUGUUUAUCAUCCUACACCAUACCCACACAUCAUCUAAGUUCAAAUUCGAGCUCGAAUCGAGAAUGGCGUCUUUGCCUUUCGUGUUUGGAGCAGCCGCGUCCAGUAGAGUGUUCGUAGCGACAGCAACGAAAGGCGGAGGCUCGGUCAAGGAAGACAAGAGCUUUGUAGAUUGGCUUCUUGGUAGCCUUACAAAGGAAGAUCAGUUUUUUGAGACUGACCCAAUUCUUAAGAAGGUGGAAGGCAAAGCAGGAACCACCGGCGGAAGGAAAGGCACAGUUGAAAUGCAGAGCAAGAAGAAGAAUGGUGGUAAUGGAGGUGCUUUCGGAGGUCUCUUUGCUAAGAAGCAAUAGACUUUCAUCAUUGUCAUUCCUUUGCUUUUCUUUAAUCUCAUUGUUUAUUAUCAUUCAAUCUUGAUUUGCAACUAUUGGAUGUUUUUAUAAAUUUACCAUAUGAAUUUGGUACUCUUUUGUCUUUAAUAAAGUAUACCCUUCAUUUAUUAGGACUAA